AUGGAACGAAUCGCAAGUGAAUGCAGAGAAAACGGCGGUUUCAGACGUGAACCGUAUGAAAUUGAUAUUUCAAGCAAUCAAUAUACAGAUUUUGAAAUUCUCGAUGUUCCGGGUCUUGUCAGCGGUGAAGAAGACAGUCAACAUCGUAAAAUGGUCGAAACAAUAACCGAAUUUUACGUUCGUGAUCCACAAUUUAUGAUUGUUCAUGUCAAACCGGCUGAUUUGAUCGGUGAAAAUGCAACAAGUACGGUACGUCUUCGUGCACUCUGCACCGAAGUACCAGCUCCGUGUGGCACGAACUAUCCUCCCCGUAAUAAUUACAAAGAUAAUACGAUUACCAUUCAGACAAAAUUCGACAAAUUCAUCAAUGAUAACAAGAAUGGACGAAGUGCAAAUGCAGGAAUUGAAAAGCUCAUUCAAAAAUACAAACCAACGUAUUUUGUCAGUAUGAUAUUCGAUGGAUACUCAUUUGCUGAAGAAUCGUAUGAAAAAAAUGUUGCAUAUAUUCACAAUCUAUCUGAUUUGGAAUCAACACGAGUGGACGAAUGGAUCGAAGAUAUUGACAAACUUGCACGUGUACCUUCCAGUUCUUCGGCGGGUGAACGAAUGGUUUUCAAUCGAGAACAAUAUCGUCCACUAAUUGGCAUUGAUGUUGUUCGUAGACAAAUUCAACAACUAUGGCUUUGUGCAUUUCGUGAAAAAUUGCCAAAACUGCAACAAACACUCAGCAAUGAAAUACGUGUAUACAACGAUCAGUAUCGAACUGUUCUUGCAGAUUUAAGUCAACAAGAUCCGGUUUUGGUUCGCAAAAAUUAUCUACUCUAUAUUGCACAAUUUCGUAAGAUGAUCAGCCAAUACGUCGCCUAUCGAGCUGAAAUCAACACCAAAUUUCCUCUCCAUAAAUUUGGUUUAACUUACAAGGAACUCGAAAAACAAUAUCAUCAAUGGAAUCGAUACAAAAAUAUUCGAUGGAGUGCUUUUCUCUCGGCUGAACAACUUACACAACGACCAGAUGACGAUCGACCUCCAUCACUCGAUCGACGAUAUGUCGGUGCACGUCAUUUUGAACGAUUACGAGAGGUCAUGAAUUUCAUGAUCGAAGUCUAUCGACCAUUUCAUCGUUCGCGUGAUUGGAUGGAAUCAUCCAAUUCGAAAUUGUACGGCGCCGUGAGCGACUAUGAAGAUGCUGAAAAAGGUGUACGCGAAGUAAUUUAUACAUUUAUUCGUGAAACAUUUCAAAUGGGUAUAUCAUGGUUAACCCAAAUGUAUACCUUUCUGAUUGAUCAUUUUGCUAAGCAUGUAUCGGAAAAGUUACUUUUGGAACCAGAAUUUUCUCAUCUGAAACGACACACCAAAUUUCUCAGCAUGGUCAAGCUUGAUUAUCACAAAACAACAAGAAAAUUUAUUCGAAAGGCUAUUGAUGGUUUCAAAUAUUGUCGUUAUGCAAAAAUGGCCUAUGUCAGUCAUGGUGUAAGUUUGAAUACCCAACGAUUGGGUCGUUCAUUAGCACCUGAUAGUAGUAGUGAGGAGAGAGAAGAACAGAGCGAACAAUUCAAUCUCGCCAGCCGACUUUUAGACUACGGAAAAACGAUGAUUCAAUUAAAAGCCACAUCAGAUCCGUUAAGUUUUAUCUUCAGCGAUGGGAAAUUUUUGCCGGCUAUUCGUAAUCCUCUCACGAAUGAUUAUCUAAAACCGACACAACGGACUGUGGAAGAAUUAUACAAAGCUGUACGUGGACAUCUGGUCUAUGAUAUGACGACAAGCUUUUUUGCUAAUGUCGUUCUUGAAAUGCAAGAAUUUAGUAAAUCGAUGCCGUUCGAUAAAGGUCUAGUUCCACGAAUUAUGGGCAUGUCCGAUGAGCAAAUAGCCUUGUUAGCUAAUAUUCGUAUUGAUGAAAAACAACGUAAACUAAAUUAUAUUGACGAACGUCUAACAGAAUUGGAAGAAACACGUGAUGCUGUUGAAGUUGUAUGCGACGAAUUUUAUAAAAAUCGAAAAGAUAAUGAGAUGUUGGUUGAAUCAACACACGAAAUGAAGCGCAAUAGUCGUCUUUAUCAUAGAAAAAUUCGAGAAAAACAACGACAUAAAAUCGAAGAACAAUUACCUAUUGAUCGUAAGGAGAAGACGAUCAUCGAUGAAUGGUCUACAACUGUGCUGGGUCAUAACGGGAACAUUUCGGAUAAUGACGAUGACGAAGAAGAACUCAUGUCAUUGGAUAACAAUGAUGAUAUCGAACAAUUUCUCCUUCAAAUAUAUCGUAAACAUGAUGAAGUUGAUCUUAAAUAUGGUUUUCUUGAUGAUGAUGAGGAAGAAACCGAUGAAUAUAUCAAUGAUCAACCGAUGACGACAGACACGAUCACCAUGAACAUUGAAGAUGAAAAUCAUCAGCAAGAUGAACUUAACAAUGAAUCCUCCAGAUCUGAAGCGCCAACUACCGAACAAGACGUACAAAGAGGAGAGUACAUCGUUCUUAAUGGAUCUACAUAA